GUAUACUGCACACAUCUCACACGCCCUUAAAACAACAACAUAAACAAGCAGAGGUUCUCUCAGAACAACACUUACUACAGUUUCUUCUCUCCACCAGACGUCAGCAUCUCGGCUGAAGAAUUAUGCUUACAUUGUCAGCACUUAGUACAAUGAAAGUGAUGUAACUGACAGAGAUAAAGCAGAAAUAGUGCAAGUAAUGUUGACCACAUUGUCUUAAAUACAUUGUUAAUAUCUGCACUUGUAUCAUGCAGCUCACAUUAUUGUUAUAACAUUUACAUCCACACUCAACAUUUACUGGAUAUAAAGUUCACUUACUGAAAUGCUGUUGUUCUUAUGUUAAUAUAACACUGAACAUUUAUUAUCAACAUCCAUCACACUUCAGUUUAUUACCAUUAUAAAGCUACUUAGCUUAUUAUAUAAAUAUUUUAUUAGUUGAUUCAUAAGAUAUUAAGUCUUAAUAAAGAGUUGAUUUAUUCCCUACUAAUAUUUAACUAUAUUACUUUCAAAAGUCUAUUAUAAAAAAAAGCAGAAGUCAGUAAAAGUCUAUUAUCUUUUUAAUCACUGUGGUGAAUAUCAUAUUACAUUGUCUGUCUUAUGUAAUAAUGUGCCUGAAUAUAAUACACAGAACUAUGUAGGAAUAUUAUUUCCUGACUGUGACUGGAUGGUAAAAUGCACCUGUAUUUCUUUAUUACCAAUAUUAACUGUGACCAGGAUAUAUUACACCAUCUAUAUUACUUUAUUGUUAACAUUGUGGCCAGGAUAUAUUACACCAUCUGUAUUACUUCAGUGUUAACAUUGUGGCCAGGAUAUAUUACACCAUCUAUAUUACUUCAUUGUUAACAUUGUGGCCAGGAUAUAUUACACCAUCUAUAUUACUUUAUUGUUAACAUUGUGGCCAGGAUAUAUUACACCAUCUAUAUUACUUUCUUUACUUCAGAUAUUUAUGCUUCACAAAAUCCCUCCAUUUUAAUUGUAGUCUGAUAUAUGCCUCCAUUAACUUAUUAAUGAUUUUCAAAAUAAUUUUUAUUAAUCAUACAGUCUCAUUGUAUUUCAGUAUUGCCUUUUACUGCCAUUAUCACAAUAUAUGUUUGCCUGUCUCCAUAAAAUUUUCUGCUGUGUGCUGUUGUUCAUGUGUGCACUCAUGUUGAUGCUGUGUGCUGUUGUUCAUGUGUGCACUCAUGUUGAUGCUGUGUGCUGUUGUUCAUGUUGAUGCUGUGUGCUGUUGUUCAUGUUGAUGCUGUGUGCUGUUCAUGUUGAUGCUGUGUGCUGUUGUUCAUGUUGAUGCUGUGUGCUGUUGUUCAUGUUGAUGCUGUGUGCUGUUGUUCAUGUUGAUGCUGUGUGCUGUUGUUCAUGUUGAUGCUGUGUGCUGUUGUUCAUGUUGAUGCUGUGUGCUGUUGUUCAUGUUGAUGCUGUGUGCUGUUAACAAGCAUCUUCUAUGCUCUCAUGCUCUAUGUAAUUUAGGAAAUUAUUUAAAGAUUAAAUUAAUAUAUUUUUAAUAUUUUACUUUUAGCGACAAUAAUAAGGGACUUAUGUUGUCAGUGUGUCUCAGUGACUUUUUUUCACAAAUGUUCUUUAGUUUAAAAUCUCAAAAUACACAUAAUAAAUAAAAGUUCAUUAUGACUCACAAAAUUGUAAUGACACUAUUGUAAACAAAUCAUUCCACAGGCGGGGCUGGAACCCAUGGUUAGAGUUGUGAAUCUCCAGACCAAUAUGUUAGCCACUGGGCCAGCUGGCUACAAUAAGAUUGAUCCAACUAGGUAUAUUUAUGUAAAGUAAAAGGACACAAGUGCAACUAAUGUGACAUUUUAUUGUGGCAACGUUUCGCUCUCCAGGAGCUUUGUCAAGCUGUUACUUUACAUAUUGUCGGUAAUUCUACCAACUUUAUUAGGUAUAUUUAUACACCAUAAAAAGGCUAGCAUAAGUGCCACUGUGACCACAGAUGCAAGUUUUUACAGGCUAAUCUCAUUAAGCAGUAAUACAAUGUCAAUAUUCACCCUUUCACUGUCCCCGUGUGGAUAUAUGUCAUCAAUGCCAGUGUCAAGUAGAUCUGUGUUUUAAGCACAGUGCCAUUAAAUAUGCUGUUGGUGGUAAAUUUUAGCCUAGACGUGAGAAAAUGAAUCUGUAUAGUGUGUGUGCAUAGUAUAAAAAAAAAAAUAGCCUGCCCCAUUCAGUGCAUGAUGGAGAAAAGUAAAACCUUUGGGCUUAAAAUAGCAACAUUGUAGUGAAUUUCUCUGGAUUGUUUUUAUGGUUUUAAUAGUGUCAAUUAUAGAAUGGAAGACUUACUAGUAAAAGAGAGCUGAUUUUGGUUAGUUUCAAACUGGAAAUAAUUUGAAAUGGGGUUCAAAGUGGCAAAAAUAUUUUUUUUUUGGCAAUUUUCCUAAGUAUUGUAUAACCCUCCCUAGCCCCUCAGUGUACUUUAUAGGUUUUCAUUAGGUUUGCUUCAGUUAUUGAGAUGGCCUAAAGUAUGUCCAAUAAGUUUUGGUUAUAUUUUACUAAUUAGAGAAAUAUCAUUACAUAGAAGCCUGGCAACAUAAUGUACUGAGGCAAAGUUAUUUUAGUGGCUGGAAUGUCUACAGUGUUCUUCAACAUCAUUACUAACCUGCUCUCAAUUAUUAUGUCUAUCCAUUAUACUCAUCUAUUAUCAUAAUACUGUCUAUGUUUUUAGCCUCUAGUUCAUUCUCAUCAUAACUCUUAAAAAUAUAAGAAAGGAGGAACACUGCAGUAGACCUGUUGGCCCAUACUUAGCAGGUCCUUUACAAUACCAACCCACUAACAAAACAUUUGCCCAACCCACUUACAGUGCUACCCUAAAAAUUAGCUCUGACAAAUCUAUUUACUCAUGUGCAAGUUCCACUCAAAUCCAACCCCCUCUCAUUCAUGUAUUUGUCCAACCUAAAUUUGAAACUACCCACCUGGCAGUAAAACUCAGCUACCUAACAUAAACACUGCAUAACCAUAACUAUUCUAAUAUCCAAGUUUUAGAGGAAGUCCUUUUAAGCCUGGAGAAAGUCUAUGACAACAUGGACAUCUGAUGUUCUUUGCUGUCUCCAGAUUUUGGGACUUCAGGGUUGUCAGUUCUGGUUUCUUCAAUAAUUUCUGUUUAACAGAUCUGGCUGUUUGGGGGGGGGGAGUUACACAGUGUAUAUUUUGGACUCUGUUUUAAUUAGAAUUUUUUUAAAUUGUAAAAUUAGUCACUUUAUCUUCUGAUAGUUGAAUGGUUAGUAUCCUGUGCUCAGUUAUUAGAACAGAGGGUAAACUAUUGGGUAGGAACUGGGUCAACUUAAGCAUUGGAGUUGGCUAAAAUAGGAUAUAAAGUGGGAAAACAAAGUGGGCAAAAUUGCUGAUGCAUAAAGUGUUCUGGAAUUUUUUUUAAGUUUUUCAUGAACUGCUGCAUUAGUGGUGUCAUUACUUUUAGGAUACAAUUUUUUACCAUUUGAAAUAUUGUGACACUGUCAGCACUUAUAAGUUUCUAGGUUAUUACAGUGAAAGGGUUAACUGCCUAAUGACUCUCCAGACAAAAAAUAAGAUGCAAAACAUGAGAAUUCCUUCAAGGGAACAAACAUAUCAGUGUUCUGAAUGUCUAAAAACUUUUCACGUAAAUCACAUUUAAUAGAACACAUGAGAGUUCAUACACAAGAAAAACCAUAUCAGUGUUCUGAAUGUCUAAAAAAAUUUUCAUGUAAAUCACAUGUAAUACGACACAUUAGAGUUCAUACACAAGAAAAACCAUAUCAGUGUUCUGAAUGUCUGAAAGAUUUUUCAUGUAAAUCACAUCUAACACGACACAUGAGAGUUCAUAAACGAGAAAAACCAUAUCAGUGUUCUGAAUGUCUAAAAGAUUUUUCAGGGAGAUCAAACCUAAUGCGACACAUGAGAGUUCAUACACAAGAAAAACCAUAUCGGUGUUCUGAAUGUCUGAAAGAUUUUUCCUGUAAAUCAUAUCUAAUACUACACAUGAGAGUUCAUAAACAAGAAAAACCAUAUCAGUGUUCUGAAUGUCUGAAAAAAUUUUCUUGUAAAUCAUAUCUAAUACAACACAUGAAGGUUCAUACAGAAGAAAAACCAUAUCAGUGUUCAGAAUGUCUAAAAGUUUUUUCACUUAAAUUAACUCUAAUACAACACAUAAGGGUUCAUACACAAGAAAAACCAUAUCAGUGUACAGAGUGUCAAAAAAAAUUUUCACGUAAAUCACAUCUAAUAGAACACAUGAGAGUUCAUACACAAGAAAAACCAUAUCAGUGUUCUGAAUGUCUAAAAAAAUUUUCACGUAAAUCACAUCUAAUAGAACAUGUGAGAGUACACACUCAAGAAAAACCUUAUCAGUGUUCUGAAUGUCUAAAAAAAUUUUCACUUAAAUCAACUCUGAUACAACACAUGAGAAUCCAUACUCAAGAAAAACCAUAUCAGUGUUCUGAAUGUCUAAAUAAAUUUUCACAUAAAUCAACUCUGAUACAACACAUGAGAGUUCAUACACAAGAAAAACCACAUCAGUGUUCUGAAUGCUUAAAAAUAUUUUCGCGUAAAUCAAAUCUAACGCGACACUUGAGAGUUCACUCAUAGAGAAUUGCUUUCGAGGAGGAUUGCCUGAUGCUGGUAAUGGGCUCUUAAUCCUAAGAAUUAGAGUUAUCUAUCACCUUCCUUGGAUUACAUAUGAUUACCCUUCAACUAUUACAUUUUCAAGUGCUGUAUGACCCACACUGGUUUAACCCGUAAACGGUCCAAGCAGAUCUACGUUCACAUGUGUAGUGCUACAAAAGUAGAUCUAAGUUUUUUUUUUUCAUAUUUUCAAAUAUAACAAAAGCAAAAAGUAGAUCAAAGUUUUUUACACAUUUUCAAAUGUAGAAAAACAAAAAGAAGAUCUACUUUUUUACUUACUUUCAAAUGUUGAAAAAACGUAUAUAUACGUUUGGACCGUGUACGGGUUAAUAUAAUAAUGUCGCGCCGAAUAGGCAGAACUUGCGAUCUUGGCUUAAAUAGCAACGCUCAUCUUGCCAUAUAGGUCAAGUGAAAAUUUGUGUAUGCAAUAAUUUUGCCAAAAUCAUUCUGAACCUAACGAAAAAUAUAUAUUUGAUUGUUUGUUUAGUACUAAAUUAUUGUAAACGUAUUUAAAAUAUAUUUAGUUGGGUUAGGCUAAAAUAAAUUGCUCUUGUUAUAAUAAGGUUAGGAAAGUUUUCUAAGAUUCUUUUGGUGCAAAAUUAAAAAUUUUUACAUUAACAUUAAUGAAAAAAUAUAGCUUUAAACGUAUAAGAGAAAAUUUAAGAAAGGACUUAAUUUUAAAUGAAUUGUUGCUAAUUGACCAGUUUUACAUAUUCGGCACGACAAUAAUAUAUACAGCCUCUCCUCACUUAGCCACCUUCUUGUUUACCGAUGACUUGGACAUACACCGAGCUCUCUGACCAGUAUGCAUACCUAAAUAAUGUAUAUUAGAACUGAUUUCCACCAUUCUAUUUAUUACAAUAUACAGUAUGCUACUGGAUAAACAUUUAAAAAUAUACUAAAAAUGUUAUAAAUGGUGCAAAGGUGACAUUAAAACAAUAUCAAAGAUGGUUGACACAAAUCCACUACCAUUAUAGUAUGCUCCUUGCUUAGCGAUGAAUUCAUUUACCGACGUGGUCUUAGGAACGCAACUCUGUUGUUAAGUGAGGAGAGGCUGUAAUGUCUUUGUUUCUACAGGUACAUGUAUAAGGUAUACAGGCCUAGCUGACAUCAGUGACAUACUACUAUAUAGAUAGCUGCUUGUUAUGCUGAACAUUUCAGGCAAAUUAGGUAAAUUUUGACCCACAAUAGUCAACUAACAUCCAGGUACCCAUUUUACUGAUGGGUGAACAUGGACAACCAGUGUAAGGAAACACGCCCAAUGUUCCCAUCCUUUCCCGGAAUCGAUCCUGGAACCUCACUUUGUGAAAUGAGAGAUUUUGCCGCCAGGCCACGUGCCACUGUGUAGCACUUGCUCUUGAAUAUAAUUAUCAGUCUUGAGGGAAACUAUAAUAUUUUUGUGUUGUUACAUUAUUUUUUGUGUUUUUGAAUCAAAGCGAAAAGGUUAAGUGUUUCUCAAAAAAUGAAAUAAUAAUUCUGGCUCCUUGGUUGAAUGUUUGAUCAAACAGGCUGUUAUUGUUUUCACCUGGAAGUUAAUAUAUUCUCCACAGAUCAUUUUAUAAAGGUUUACAAGAACUUUAAGUUUUCUCUUGUAGACUGUGUUACUGACGAUUUAUUUUACAUUCUCAAGUCAUGUAUUGUAUGCCUAGUAAUCUGACUUCUUCCACUCAUACUCAGUGAUGUUGUUAGUGUCUUUAUGUUUAACUGAUGAUUUACAUUAUGUAUUUUAUGCAUAUAUUGUUAUUGUCAAUGUUUUACCUUUCUUGUAUGUACUUAUUUUAAUGUAAAAUUGUAAUGUCUUAAAAAAAUCGUUGUGUAAAUUAUA